AAAGCACUCAAUUCAUCGUUCUCUUAUUUUACACAUUCAACAUUGAUUCAAAUGUCAAGCAUGCUUCGAACCCUUGCCACUACAGCCCGGCUGACCAUGAAUGCCGGUAAUACCACCCUUCUCACAGCGCGCGUGGCCCCUAUAACUUCAUCCUCGUUGAUUUUGCGUAGAUCAUAUGCCACACGCUAUGGAGACGAUGGCGGAUACUCAAGCUGGGGUGGAGGGAUCUCCAACUCUCGUCGAUCUCUUCCUAUAAACACGGUCGUCAAAUUUGUACCACAACAAGAGGCGUGGAUUGUAGAGCGCAUGGGUCGAUUCUCUCGCGUCUUGGAACCUGGCCUUCAGAUUCUGAUGCCUUUUUUGGAUCGAGUCAAGUAUGUCAAAAGCUUAAAAGAGGUCGCAAUUGAAAUCCCAAGUCAGAGUGCUAUCACUCAAGAUAACGUUACAUUGGAUUUGGACGGCGUGCUUUACUUCAGAGUGGUAGACCCAUACAAAGCAUCGUAUGGUGUAGAAGAUGCCGAAUUUUCGGUUGCUCAGCUUGCUCAAACAACGAUGCGUGCGGAAAUUGGUCAGAUGACAUUGGACCGAACUUUGGCUGAAAGAGCUCAUCUCAAUGCCAAUAUCGUUGAAGCCAUCAACACAGCUGCUGCGGAUUGGGGAAUUCAAUGUCUUCGUUAUGAGAUCCGUGAUAUCCACCCACCCGCCAAAGUAGUCGAGAGCAUGCAUCAACAAGUUUCUGCCGAGCGUACCAAGCGUGCGCAGAUUUUGGAUUCUGAGGGUUCACGCCAAGCUGCCAUCAACGUUGCUGAGGGCCACAAACAAUCCACGAUCCUUCAGUCAGAGGCCGACAGGGCGGAACAAAUCAACAGAGCAACCGGUGAGGCCGAGGCGAUUUUGCUUCGUGCUCAGGCUAGUGCUGAAGGUAUCCGUCGCAUUGCCGAAGCCAUCACAAACACCCCUGGAGGCCACCAUGCCGUGUCGCUGACAGUCGCAGACAAAUAUGUGGAGGCAUUUGCUCAGCUUGCAAAGGAGACAAACACUUUGAUCCUACCUGCUAACGCCAAUGAUGCGUCCGCCAUGGUUGCACAAGCAUUGACGAUUUAUGAUGGCAUCACAAAGAAGCGUGGAAUUCCUUCAGAACAACAGCAACAACUUCCCUCGGCUCCGUCGUCUAACUCUAAUGCAUAGAUCGAAUAACGGGCUGGUUUUAAAAGCAAACAUGAAUACGAAAAUAAAAACAAAAAAAAAAGUAAUAAAAAACAAUGACAGCAAGACAUCAUUGAGUUAGAG